AAUCAAAGAAAACUACAAAUUUUCCAUUAGUGAUAAGAGAGUGUCAGCAAAUCCUGAUUUUGUAGUGGAUAUGAAAAAAACUGCUAUUAUAGUCACAGAGGAUAAACAUUUGAAAAAUGUUUCAGCACCUGACUUUGGGGAAGCACAAAUACUUGCUAAGAUACUUGCCUGUGGAGAUGAAAAUUUGCAUCGAUUUGAAGAACUUAUUCAUCAGACUAUAUAUGCAAUCCGUGUCAUCUCAUCAUAUGUGACAUUUUAUAAGGCUGAAAUUCCUACAAUAUGGCCAGGAAAAAAUGGUACAAAAUCUGGUCUAGAUUUGGCAGUACCAAAAGAGAGGCACAUGAUAUUUGAAGCAAUAACCAAAAUUCACCACUCUCUUUUACAAUCCACAUCCUCCACAACCACUUCUACCUCUCACACUGUUACUAGCAUCACAGCACCUGUAGAGCAAGAGUAG